AUGACGAAUUUUGAUGGUGUCGUCACAGACGAAUUUGAUUCAAUUAGAAGGUCCAUUUUGGCUCUUAAAAAUGAUCCACUCAAGCCUCGCUUGGAUCAGAUCCGUAAGCAAGCAGAUGAUCAUCGGUCUCUGGCUCUGGUUUAUGCAUCUUAUGCAAGGAAGCUCAAGCUCGAGAACUCAAAACUUGUCAGGAUUUUUGCAGAAUUGUCACGAAACUUGACAGAUUUAAUAAGCGAACCUCAGUAUAGGGCUCUUCUAAGCAAUGACGCAGUCCUUGUGGACGAAUCAGUUGUUCGGCAGUUUGAGAAAGAAGUGAAGGAACGUAUUAAAACCACACGUCAGGUGAUUGGCGAAGCGAAGGAGUCAUUUGUUAUCCAGCUCAAGAUUCAGAAGUUGAAGGAUACAAUUUUCGCUGUGAAUGAGCAAUUAACAAAGGCAAAGAAGCAAGGUGCCUUCUCGAGCUUGAUCGCUGCAAAGUCAAUUCCAAAGAACUUGCAUUGUCUCACAAUGAGGUUGAUGGAAGAGCAGAUCGCUCAUCCUGAAAAGUACUCCGAUGAAGGGAAGCUAACACCACCAGAAGUUGAAGAUCCUAAUCUGUACCACUAUGCCAUAUUCUCUGAUAAUGUUGUUGCGGCAUCUGUUGUGGUAAAUUCAGCAACCAAAAAUGCAAAGGAACCCUGGAAGCAUGUGUUUCAUGUUGUAACUGAUAAGAUGAAUCUUGGAGCGAUGCAAGUGAUGUUUAAGCUGAAGGAUUAUAAUGGUGCACAUAUUGAGGUAAAGGCAGUUGAGGAUUACAAAUUCCUGAAUUCUUCGUAUGUUCCAGUCCUUCGGCAAUUGGAGUCUGCUAACCUUCAAAGAUUUUACUUUGAGAACAAGCUUGAGAAUGCUACAAAGGACACCACAAAUAUGAAGUUUAGGAAUCCCAAAUAUUUAUCAAUCUUGAAUCAUUUGAGAUUCUACUUACCAGAAAUGUAUCCAAAGCUUCACAGAAUUUUAUUUUUGGAUGAUGAUAUAGUUGUUCAAAAGGACCUCACUGGGUUAUGGAAAAUUGAUAUGGAUGGCAAGGUGAAUGGAGCUGUAGAAACAUGCUUUGGAUCAUUCCAUAGAUAUGCUCAGUACAUGAAUUUCUCGCAUCCCUUGAUCAAAGCAAAAUUUAAUCCAAAAGCUUGUGCUUGGGCUUAUGGAAUGAAUUUCUUUGAUUUAGACGCAUGGAGAAGGGAAAAAUGCACAGAAGAAUAUCAUUAUUGGCAGAAUCUGAAUGAGAACCGGACACUCUGGAAACUAGGGACAUUGCCUCCUGGUCUAAUCACGUAUUACUCAACGACAAAGCCGCUGGAUAAGUCAUGGCAUGUUUUAGGACUUGGGUAUAACCCAAGUAUUAGCAUGGAAGAGAUUAACAACGCAGCAGUGGUUCACUUCAAUGGUAACAUGAAGCCAUGGCUUGACAUUGCCAUGACACAAUUCAAGCCACUUUGGACAAAGUAUGUUGACUAUGAGUUAGAUUUUGUUCAGGCAUGUAAUUUUGGUAUCUAA